CCCGAUGUCGUGUCAUCGUUAUCGUGAUCACAGGCCCGGCCGAACCGCUCGGUGAUAGGGUAGAUACUGUGGCGAUUCACACUUGCAGAGUUUUGGGUGCGUGGUUAUAACCUUUUAUUCGUCCAUUUCUGGCCUGCAUACAACUGUUUUCGAUAAACUUCGAAUUUUCUAGUCACGCUCGGCCGGGGCUUGACUCAGGGAUUCGACUGAGAAAUCCCCGGGGCACGCACUUUCUGUGACUGCUGUGAGCCUAAGCCUGUUUUGUUGUGCCAGCUGCAUCAGGCUGAGUAAAGAUCGUCACCAUUGGACCUGUUGCAUUCACAUCGUCCCAUAGAUGUGGCUCCAAGGUCGGCGUCGUCAGUAUUCGACAAAUCAUUAUUCAAUUUUGCUGAGAAAGCAUUUGGUCACCUCGUCGUCGCGUGAUAUUCUUCUCUUGGAGGCGGCAAAAAAAGCGCGCGCGUUGCAAAGAGGGUCGUCGAUGGAGAACAACAAACACAGAUCGCGAUCUAUGACGUCAGCAGGACAACGGACGUUAGUUGACCUUUGGCUUCAAGAAAGGUGGCACAUCUCGGUAGACUCUCUGUACCGCAGGAUAUUCCAGGAGCAAACGGACAGGUUUUUACUUGUCUUGACACUGUGUAUGCAGACAGUGUGUAUCUUCGCUGGCCUACUGUGUAGAUCCAAACUCUGCACCCUAGUCACCAUGCAAUUUGAUCUACCGUGCAUAACGGCAUCAUCUGCGGUCAGUUUUCCACCACACCAGUCUCGGAACUUAUUUUCCGUUCCUGUUUCUAUUGGUUCGUGAACAUCAACCCCCAAGUUAGUCUCCGCGGUAGUGUACUUUGUCGAACACCAAAAGACCAACGGCGGGUGUACUCUUAGUGACGCU